CCGAUCGAAGGGAUGAGUGAGGCAAGAGAAAGGAAAUUGGCGGCGGCCUCGUAGCCUCGGGGAUCACCUGUCUCACCGGGCCAAGCACACAGAUCCUGAACGCUGCCCGCCGCUCCUUCUUAGGAUCUCUGUGGAAGAGUGAAGCUAGCUGGAUCCCUCCUGUGGACCUGCCCGCCGUUGAGCUGGCUGUCCAGAGCAACCAUUAUUGCCAUGCCCAGAAGGAUUCUGGGAGUCACCCUGACCCCGAGAAGCAGAAGGCUCGACGCAAACUCUAUGUGGCUUCUGCCAUCUGCCUGGUGUUCAUGAUUGGAGAAAUCAUUGGUGGGUACCUGGCUCAGAGCCUGGCCAUCAUGACUGAUGCGGCCCACCUGCUCACCGAUUUUGCCAGCAUGCUCAUUAGCCUCUUCUCCCUCUGGGUAUCUUCCAGACCGGCCACCAAGACCAUGAAUUUCGGCUGGCAGCGAGCCGAGAUCCUUGGAGCCUUGCUGUCUGUGCUGUCCAUCUGGGUGGUGACUGGGGUGCUCGUGUACCUGGCUGUGCAGCGGUUGAUUUCUGGAGAUUAUGAGAUCAAAGGGGACACCAUGUUGAUCACUUCGGGCUGUGCUGUGGCUGUGAACAUCAUAAUGGGGUUGGCUCUCCAUCAGUCUGGACACGGGCACAGCCACGGGGACAACCGUGAGGACAACGGCCAGCAGCAGAACCCCAGUGUCCGAGCUGCCUUCAUUCAUGUGAUUGGGGACCUUCUGCAGAGCGUGGGGGUCCUGGUGGCUGCCUAUAUCAUAUACUUCAAGCCUGAAUACAAGUACGUGGACCCCAUCUGCACCUUCCUCUUCUCCAUCCUGGUCUUGGGGACAACGUUGACCAUCCUGAGAGAUGUGAUCUUGGUCCUCAUGGAAGGGACUCCCAAAGGUGUGGACUUCACGACUGUGAAAAAUCUCCUGCUGUCUGUGGACGGGGUGGAAGCCCUGCACAGCCUGCAUAUCUGGGCGCUGACAGUGGCCCAGCCGGUGCUGUCUGUCCACGUAGCCAUUGCCCAGAAUGCUGAUGCCCAGGCUGUGCUGAAGGUGGCAAGGGACCGCCUCCAGGGAAAGUUCAAUUUCCACACCAUGACCAUCCAAAUUGAGAGCUACUCUGAGGACAUGAAGAACUGCCAGGAGUGCCAGGGCCCCUCGGAAUGACUCCCCCGCCAGACACCCGUCUCAUCGGAAGCAUGGUCAGGACAUGUGGUUAGAACAGUCGGUGUGCAGCCAGGGCUCCAGCAAAGCACAGCUGAGACCACUCCACUGUGGGACUCUCCUUAGUCUGAGCACACAGCAGAUGAGGCCCCACUUCUCUUCCAGGACUGUGUUUGGGCCAGAUCCUGAACUGAUGUCAUCCUAGCACCACAGCUGGAGAGAAACUGAGGCACAGAAGGGGAUUUUGGGGGUGUCCUGUAUGAUCCAGGGUCUCUGUGUCUGAAUGAAAAAUUGAACAAGAUCCAUGUAACACGUGCCUGGGUAGUCGGGGCUCCCUUUGUAGGGUCAGUCUCAUUGAUAAAAGAAUUCUGAGCUGGACUCAGGAGGAAGAUUUGAGGAUGUUUUAUUAGAAUUUGGGAGAAGGAAAACAAACAAGCAAUACAAAACAAAACAAAAAAAGCUACAGUCCAGGCAAGCCACGAAUCUUGGCAGCUGCAGGAGGAGAGUGAGGGAGAAGAGAGAAAGUCGGGGCUUCUGAGUUACGGGUCAGCAGUGGAGUUCUCUAAACCACUGGAUGGCUGUAAUGGGGGAAGGGGCUAAAGGAACAGUGAGAAAGCCACGCUUGCACAAGCAGGUGUGUGUGUGUGCACACACAACCACAAUUUAAAGACAAGGAGAGAAAAACGGAGGAGAAAUCGGGCUUUAGAGUUAGAGUUUGGGAAACAAGCUAACUCAGCAGCUAGAGACUAUAAGCAAGUAUCUAUCUGUACGUGGGGUCCCAGAGAGGUAAUUGUGCCUUAGCAUGCCCGUAGGUGACUGACAGGCCCAAUUGGAUGAACUCUAAGAAGACUGCCUAGAGGUCUAUCCAUAACUUGGUGGAGUCCUUUCUCUCCAUCUUUACCUGAAUGUCUGUGAUCAGUGUCAGGUAGUCCGCUCUGAGCCACCUUGGGGGAGGCGAGGGGGCUGUUGGGAGGCAGUGUUCUAAUCUUUAGGAUACCUUCACCAGGGGUAGAAGCUAGUUUCCUUUGACCAGGAGGAAUUUCCCUCUAAGGGAGACGGUUCUCAAGGAUCCCUUCCUGAUUUGCUCUAUGCAGUUGGGAGCAGAGCCCUUGCCUCUGCUAUGUAAGAUGGCUUAACCAAGGCCAUGGGGACAGCAUUCAUCCCACGGAGAUGUGGGGCCAGAGGGCACCUGAAGGCUUCUCUUUGCCUCGCUCACUUUGGCUGUGGGCCCCAUGCGACUUCCUGGAAGAGGAGGAGGAAGAGGCCUCUUCACAGGGAGAAACCUGGCUGGUUUCUUCCUUCCCGGUGCCCCAGCUCAAGUCCCCAUACCGAUGGCCUUCACAGAGGUGGCAGGGACAGAUUCCAGUUAGAUCUUGCUCUUGUAGCCCCAGGGCCAGGCCACUUCCCUUGACCUGACUCUCUGAAGAGACAGUAGGUCCUGCUCUGUUGCCUGGGUAACCAUGACCUAGUUAGGGAUGAGGAUGUGUCCAGAGGCUGGCAGGAGGGGUGUCCUUGGAGUCUGUAUGAAAAAAUCCUUAGAGUUGGUUUGAAGUUAUAGAUGCAAGAGAUGAGAGCUAGCUCCAGUCUCAUAGAGGUGACCGGCCUACCUUCUUAGGAAGUCCCGGGCCAAUGUCUACAUCUGUUAUUGCAGGCUAACUGAAGGUUGUCACUUCUCAGUGCCUGUGACUCAUACAGAGACGAGGAACAUCUUGACAUCUCCCCCACAGGAGUGUGCAGACAGCCGAGCCUGCUGAGUGUCUGGUGGUUGUAUAUUGGUCUCUUUGAUCAGUGUCCUGGGAAAGGCUCUUGUGAAGGGCCAGACAGGCUCCCCAACAUCCGCCUUGGCUCUGUCCUGGCACAGUAAGGAGAAAGGCUAGGUGUUGGCCUCCACCAACACCACCCCAUUUAAAAAAAAAUAAAUGGCAUUUGUUUUAUGUG